ACAGAACACAGACACACAAUCACAGAAAGAAAACAAGAUAAAUACACAAAAUGUUCAUCAUAACGGUAAUUAAAUUGCUCCUAUUGGCACUUAACAUAUUUCCAAGCCGAUUCACAAAUCGUCGGAUAAUGUUCCUCAUCUAUAUGACCAAUUUGGUGACACAUGUUAUGAUGGAUGAGCCACGUUUCGCGCAACCUAUACCAAAUGUGACAGUGGCUGUGGGCCGUGAUGCCAAUCUGCCUUGUGUGGUUGAACAUUUGGGUGGUUAUAAGGUGGCCUGGAUCCACAUCGAUCGUCAAAUGAUAUUGACAAUUCAUCGUCAUGUCAUUUCGCGUAUACCACGUUAUAGCAUCACCUACACAGAUAACACCUGGUUACUUCAUGUCAAUCAGGCCCAUCAGGAUGAUCGCGGCUAUUACAUGUGCCAGGUCAAUACAAAUCCCAUGAUCAGUCAAGUGGGUUAUCUUCAGGUGGUCGUUCCUCCCAAUAUCUUGGACAUUGAGAGCACCCCCUCAUCGGUUGCUGUGCGUGAGAAUCAAAAUAUUAAUAUGACUUGCCGGGCCGAUGGUUUCCCAGCUCCCAAAAUUAUUUGGCGUCGUGAGGAUGGCGAAGAAAUUGCGGUUGAAAAGAAAAAGAAAGUUCUGGUCUAUGAUGGCGAUGUCCUGCCACUGACCAAAGUCAGCCGCAAUGAGAUGGGAGCAUAUCUAUGCAUAGCCACAAAUGGUGUACCGCCCUCAGUUUCGAAACGCAUCAUAUUGGAUGUGGAAUUCUCUCCCAUGAUUUGGGUACCGAAUCAACUUGUUGGUGCUCCAGCUGGCACAGAUGUAACCAUCGAUUGCCACACCGAGGCACAUCCCAAAGCCAUCAUCUAUUGGGUAUACAAUUCGGUGAUGGUUUUACCAAGCAAAAAGUAUAAAACCGACUACACUGAGAAUUCCUAUCGCGCCCACAUGAAACUGACGAUAAGAAACCUACAAUAUGGUGACUUUGGCAACUAUCGAUGCAUCUCAAAGAAUUCUCUGGGGGAAACGGAAGGCUCUAUCCGUGUUUAUGAAAUACCUUUGCCAUCAACACCAUCCAAACAAGUAACACACACCACUGUGGAAACCAGGGAGAACAAUAUCAUACCCUCGUCACGCAACGAUUCAACGAAAUCCCUACAAACGGAUGUCUAUGCCAUGAAAAACGAUUUAUCGCCUGGCGGAUCAGCAUCGGCAGCAUCCUCAUCAUCAUCGGCCACAUCGAUGCAAACUUCGGUGCUACCCGGCGGAGUUGGUGCCAUGGGUAAUAGUUUGUCAUCGCUAAAUGGCAAUGGGGGCACAAAAGGCUCACUGGCGAUAGGCAAAAGUAUGUUCUAUACGGAAAGACCACCAAAUGAGUAUGCUGGCAAAAAUGCUGGCUCUUAUCAUAAUAAGCUCUACAAAUUACAUGGUUUACUCUAUUUAUUCAUAUGGACUUGGCUUUGAAAUCAAUAAAUCAACCAACUUAAGGUAAACGAAAACAAAAACAAAAACAAAAAACCAUACACAGAAAACGCAUUUACAAAAUGCAGCCAA